AUGCCGUUUGAAGUUAUGGAUCAUAGGGGUAGUACUACUGCAUCCCCUCACUAUUUUGAGGACGUUCGUUUUCCUGCUGAGAGACAAAUUGGGUUUUGGAAGCUGAAUGCAAUGCCGGAUCAUCAAGUUGGAAUGGAUGGAAAGAUACCUAUUCCCAGCAGCAACUGCGUUGCUUCUUCACCUUUGGAAUUUUCAUCUGGCGGGGCACUGUCAAUGCAUUAUGCGGAGUUAUCACAGUCAGUUAUAGCGAAAGAUCAGAAGGAGAAGUCACUUAUCAGUGAAGGAAGUGCUAAUAUGUCCAAGCAUGCAUGGAGUUCUAUAGAUCAUCAUCCAAAAUCCUGGUCAAGUUUGUCAAUGCAACCUGCAUCUUAUAGUACAGCGAGAAGUAGGGCUGAUAUCAGUGGGACCCAGUGGGAAAGAAGUCUCUUCUCAAGCUCGUUUUCUGAAAUAUUCAGUAGAAAGUUGAGGUUGUCGGGAAAUGACAUUCAAUCUCAUCAACCUGCUAAAACCAUUACUUCCUCCCAUGAGGAAGAGGAGCCUUUUGAAUCUCUUGAAGAACUUGAGGCAAAAACUAUUGGAAAUCUCCUCCCUCCUGAUGAUAACCUGUUUUCUGGAGUGACUACUGAAUUGGGGCUUGAUGCUCAGAUCAAUAACUUGGAUGAUCUGGAAGAUUUUGACCUGUUCAGUAGUGGUGGAGGCAUGGAAUUAGAAGGGGAUGUGGGGCAAGGAAAUUCAGUUCUCCCCGGGGAAACGCUUUUUGUCAGAAACAUCAAUAGCAACGUUGAAGAUUCUGAAUUGAAGGCUCUUUUUGAGCAAUAUGGAGAUAUCAGAACUCUCUAUACAGCCUGCAAGCACCGUGGCUUUGUGAUGAUUUCUUAUUAUGAUAUAAGAGCAGCUCGAAAUGCAAUGAAUGCACUUCAAAAUAAACCAUUAAGGCGUAGGAAACUUGACAUACAUUAUUCAAUUCCAAAAGACAAUCCAUCAGAGAAAGAUAUGAACCAGAGCACUCUAGUGGUCUUAAACCUUGAUUCUUCUGUUUCAAUUGACGAGCUUCACCAAAUGUUUGGUGUUUAUGGGGAAAUUAAAGAGAUCCAUGAAUCCCCACACAAGCAUCAUCACAAAUUCGUAGAGUAUUAUGACAUUAGGGCUGCAGAAGCAGCUCUUUCUGCACUAAAUAGGAGCGACAUUGCUGGCAAGCAGAUCAAGGUUGAAUCAGGUCAUCCAUGGGGCACUAGAAGCUUGAUGCAACAGCCUGAGCAUGAGCAAACUGAACCUAAUCUUUUUCAAAGUCCUUCUAAUGACUUGUUGUCUAGACCACUGGCAACAUUUUCUCCUGGAAUAUCAGCAUCUAGCUACAUGGCGAAUGGAUCUUCUCAGGUUUCGUAUUCUGCUAUCCCGUCACAGCUGGGUGCAUUCACUGAACUUCAUAGGAGUUCUAGUGUUUCAAGCAACUUACCAUCUCCAGUGACAGCAGCUGCUGCCAAACAAUUCUCCAUGGCUGAAAUGAAGUUCGGCAACCGAUGUAUUCCAAGCAAUCAUCCUCAUUCCUUGCCGGAGUAUCAUGAUAGUUUGGCCAAUACUAUUCCAUACAACUCUCCAAGCACUAUCAGAGACAUGGCCAGCAGUUUCACUUCCAAAGUGACAGAAGGAAUUAACAGCUUACACUUUCGAGGGGUAGGGUCAAAUGGGCACCUGAUGGAGCUUAAUGGAGGGGUUUUUGGAUCUCCUGGAACUGGAAGCUGCACUCUUCCUGGUCAUCAUUAUAUAUGGAAGAAUUCUAAGUCAGGUCAGCCACAUCCAUCAAAUGGCAUGAUUUGGCCAAAUUCACCAUCGUUUGUCAACAGUGUUCAUGCUCAUCACCUUCCACACGUGCCUGGAUUCCCUAGAGGCCGUACAGUCAUGCUGAACUCUGCACCUGCACCCCAGCACAUUGGAUCUGCACCGGCUGUCAAUCCUUCUCUGUGGGAGAGGCGGAACACAUUUUCUGGGGAGUCUCCUGAAGCUUCUAGUUUUCACCUGGGUUCCCUUGGGAGUGUAGGUUUUCCUGGUAGCUCUCCACCACAUCCAAUGGAAAUUGCCUCCCAUAACAUUUUCCCUAAUGUCGGUGGAAGUUGUAUGGACAUGACUAAAGGCACUGGCCUACCAACCUCUCCACAGAUGUGCCACAUGUUCCCUGGGAGGAACCCAAUGAUUUCGAUGCCAGCCUCUUUUGGUUCUCCUAAUGAGCGUGUGCGGAAUCUCUCACAUCGUAGAAUUGAAUCGAAUUCGAAUCAUUCGGAUAAGAAACAAUAUGAACUUGAUAUUGACUGCAUACUGCGUGGUGAUGACAGCCGAACCACAUUGAUGAUAAAGAACAUUCCAAACAAAUAUACUUCAAAGAUGCUUCUGGCUGCAAUUGAUGAGUACUGUCGAGGAACAUAUGAUUUUAUUUACUUGCCAAUUGACUUCAAGAACAAAUGUAACGUGGGCUAUGCAUUUAUCAACAUGAUUGAUCCUCAACAGAUCAUUCCAUUCCAUAAGGCGUUCAAUGGCAAAAAGUGGGAGAAGUUCAACAGCGAGAAAGUGGCAUCUCUUGCAUAUGCUCGGAUUCAGGGAAAAGCUGCUCUUAUUGCGCAUUUCCAGAAUUCAAGCUUGAUGAAUGAGGAUAAACGCUGUCGUCCUAUACUCUUUCAUACUGAUGGUCCCAACGCUGGUGAUCCGGAGCCAUUCCCCAUUGGUGCUCAUAUUCGAUCAAGGUUGGGUAAACCUCGAUCUAGUGGCAAUGAGGAGAACCUACAUAGUGGGAGCCUCUCGACUUUGGCUAAUGGAGAGGACUCUCCAAAUGGAACACACUCUCCAUCGGGUUCCGAUUGA